AUGCCCGAGAAAGUUUUUCUCAAAUUCGGCGACGAUGCUGAUGAGACUCCUAAGGUUGUGAAAAAUGAGGGGGCUCCUGAUACGAAAUCUAUGAAUCAGAAACAGGCGCAAUCAAAAUCAAAAUCGAAGUCGCAAUCGCAAUCGCAAUCACAUUCGGCGAAAUCCACAGGCACGAAACGUUUAAGAGAUGGAAGCCCAAAAUCAGAUUCGAAGCGGAAGAAACUGGCGGUGGUGGAGGACAAGGCGACAAAUGCAAACGGUGCGAAGUUGACAAAAUUAGAGCAUGCGGAUGACUUGAAGGCCGGCAGGAAAGAGCAGGUAGAAGAAGCUGAAGUUCCUAAUGAGGCGAAACAACCAAUCAACGGCACCAGUAAAGUCAAAUCCUUCGGGGAGGAGAAAGAUCGACAGAGGGGACAAAACCCGAGGUCUGGCAGUGAGAAUGUCAAGAAAGCGGCCCCAGACAGGCAUCUACAAAAGACAGCUAGGGAACUCGAGCCGUUUCGAAAAUCACUUCCGGUAUACAAGAAACUGGUUGAUCUUAAAACUGCUUUGCGUACCAAUGACGUCCUUCUCUUAACUGCAGAGACUGGUUCCGGAAAAAGUACUCAACUGCCUCAGUUUAUGCAUGAUGAGCCUUGGUGCAAGAAGCAGAAGGUAAAAGUCAAGAAUGCGACGGGUCAAGAAGAGGAAAUUUCAGUCGGCGGUGUCAUUGCUAUUACUCAACCUCGUCGUGUUGCUGCUAUUACUUUAGCCCGUCGUGUUGCUGCUGAGAUGGGAUCUGCCCUUGGAUACCAACGUACAAACACUCCUGGAAAGGUCGGUUAUUCCGUUCGUUUCGAUACCAAUACACCCAUUGGAAUGAAGAUCAAAUUUGUUACCGAAGGUACCUUGCUUCAAGAAAUGGUCCAUGAUCCAAAUCUCCGAAAAUAUAGUGCUGUCAUUAUUGAUGAAAUUCACGAGAGAGGAGUUGAUGUUGAUCUUAUUGCUGGGUUUCUCCGACAGAUAGUUCAUGGGGAUAAACAAGGUCGUGGUGGCAUUCCAUUGAAAGUCGUCAUCAUGAGUGCAACUCUUGAUUUAGGCGGAUACGAAGCUUUCUUUGCAAACCCUGACUCGAAUCCUAGUUAUCAACCGGGAAAUAACUAUGGCUCAAUAUUUGCACCACAUCUUGUGAACAACGAGAAGGUCAUUGAGGCUGCCAAACCAAUGCUGGCUGUAAAGUCUGGAAAGGUAGAGGAUGUGGAAAUAAAAGAGACAGAAAGCUCCGAAAAAGUAGACACUGGCGUUGCCAUUGAGGAAGUCAAAGGUAGGAAAUUCAAAGUUGACCUAUACUAUGACAAACCGGCCGAUCCCAGUAAUUACCAGGAGACUAUGUUCAAGAGGAUUGCAAGUAUACAUGUUACAGAACCUCUUCCUGGAGAUAUUCUAGUCUUUCUAGUCGGUCAAGAAGAGAUUGAAUAUAUGCAAACGAGACUUGAGGCUCUCGGCGAGUCUCUAAGCAAAGAAGUGCCAAGAAUCAAGGUUAUACCGCUGUAUGGUGCUCUUCCACCAGAUGCUCAACAGUUAGCUUUCGAUCCAGUCAAGGAGCCCAGGACGAGGAAAAUCGUUCUGGCUACUAACAUUGCGGAAACUUCCGUAACAGUUCCCGGUGUGCGAUAUGUAGUUGACAGUGGUAAAGCCAAGGUUAAGAAGUACCGCACAAAGCUGGGUAUGGAAUCUUUGCUCGUCGUGCCGAUCUCUAAACAGUCCGCCCUUCAAAGAAUGGGUCGUGCUGGUCGUGAAGCAGCUGGUAAAUGUUGGAGAGCAUAUGGUAAAGAUGAAUAUGAAUCUUGGCUUCAAGACGAAAUUCCUGAAAUUCUUCGCUGCGAUGUGCUCGAGGCAGUUCUUAAGAUGAAAGCUCGUGGAGUGCAAGAUGUUAUCAACUUUCCUCUCAUGGAUGCACCUGAUGUGGAAGCUAUGAAGCAUGCCAUCUUCCAACUUAACGCUAUGGGAGCUCUGGAUGACGAAGGUAACUUAACCACAGAUGGUAAAAAGAUGGCCAGCUUCCCUCUUCCUGCCGCCUAUGGCCGUGCACUCAUCGCCUCCUCAUCUCCAGAGUACAAUUGCGUCCUCGACGCCAUCGACGUUAUCUCCCUCCUAACUGCCGAUUCUGAAGUUUUCAUCCAACCCAAAUCUCAAGAACAAGAAGAGGAAGUCGAUGCCAAUCGCGCCGAUAUCAUCCGUCGUGAAGGCGAUCUUCUCACGUAUCUAACAACCAUGCAACGCUACGCCUCCGAAAAUACAAAUCGAUUCCAAUGGUGCAAAUCCCGCAACAUCAGCGCGCGGGCAAUGAAAUCCGCAAUGCUGAAUCGCAAACAAUUGCGUCAAUUAAGCGUCACUCAUGGUCUCAUUGACGCACUUCCCCUCCUGAUCCUCAGCCCUUCGAACCCUCUACCCCGAAAGAGCCGAAUGUCGUUUGGGGAUAGAACGGCAACGUUAGCCCCAGACGGAAGUUACGUGACGACAAAGGGGAAAAAUGCCGUGGUUAUUCAUCCGCAGAGUGUGCUUUGGGGAAGAAAAAUCGAGGCGAUUAUGUUCUUGGAAAAUGUGUUCAGUACGAGGAAUUGGGCGAAGAAGGUUAGUGCUGUGCAGGCGGAUUGGGUGUUGGAGGCGUUAGGGGGGUGGAUGUGA